AUGUCUGUAGAAGAAAAGAUUCAAGCAGCUCUUGAUGAAAAAGAAAAGGGUAAUGAUGCAUUUAAAAAGAAAAACCUUAUUGAAGCAACUGCAGCAUAUAAGGAAGGCCUAUGUUAUUUAGAGCAUUCAGAGCAGUGGACAGAGCAACAACAAAUUCAGAAAACUUCUGUUGAAGUUUCCCUCAGACUCAACCUAUCCAACUGUUAUCUAAAGACAGGAGAGUUUGCACAGGCUAUUGAUGAGGCAUCAGCAGCGCUGAAGCUUGACGAGAAAAACAGCAAAGCUUGGUACAGAAGAGGCGUCGCUCGCGCUGCCUUUGGCUUCCUCGAUGAAGCAAAGGCUGAUUUGUCUUCAGCUGCUAGGCUUGACCCCAGAAAUGUUGAAAUAAGAAAUGAACUCAAAAAGUGCAAGGAGAAACUCGAAGAAGUUCGCAAGAAGGAGAAGAGUACAUUUGGCGCCAUCUUUACUAAGGGCACCCUCUAUGACGAAAAGGCGGGGGUUCGCAACUUAGAUCGAUGCCCUCGCGUUUAUAUGGACAUUCGCGUUGGCGACAAAGAGCCAAAGCGUCUUGUCAUUGCUUUGUACCAAGACACGGUACCCCGCACAGUGGAGAACUUCAAAUCCCUCUGCGUUG